AUGCAGAUUUUUGUGAAAACUCUAACCGGGAGGACAGUCACCCUAGAGGUCGAGAGCUCUGACACUAUUGAUAAUGUCAAGGCUAAGAUCCAGGAUAAGGAGGGCAUUCCUCCGGAGCAGCAGAGGUUGAUCUUCGCUGGAAAGCAAUUGGAGGACGGUCGUACUCUGUCCGAUUACAAUAUCCAAAAAGAGUCUACUCUUCAUCUUGUCCUUCGUCUUCGAGGUGGUAUGCAAAUCUUUGUUAAGACUCUAACUGGCAAGACCAUCACUUUGGAGGUGGAAAUCUCUGACACGGUCGACAAUGUGAAGGCCAAGAUACAGGACAAGGAAGGCAUUCCUCCAGAUCAGCAACAUUUAAUCUUUGCUGGAAAGCAGUUGGAAGAUGGCCGCACCCUUGCGGAUUACAACAUACAGAAGGAAUCCACCCUUCACCUGGUUCUACGCCUUAGGGGUGGUAUGCAGAUCUUUGUGAAGACCUUGACUGGGAAAACCAUCACUUUGGAGGUGGAGAGCUCUGACACUAUCGAUAAUGUCAAGGCCAAGAUCCAGGACAAGGAGGGUAUCCCUCCAGAUCAGCAAAGGUUGAUUUUUGCAGGAAAGCAGCUAGAGGAUGGUCGUACUCAGGUUGAUUAUAACAUUCACAAGGAGUCUACUCUUCACCUUGUUCUUCGUCUCCGUGGCGGUAACUAGAAAUCCUCAUGUUAACUUGCUGAUAUCGUUUGUGGUGAUGAUUGCCAAGAAGAUGUUUUAGUUGUUUGCUGUUACAUUGUGGUUAAUGCUUGAAGAGCUUUGGUUUCUUUUUCGUAGUUAUUAUUUGUAAUGGAAACUGCAAGAUGAAACUUAGCUUAUAUAAAACAACUCUCUUUAUUGA